AUGCCGGGCACCCGCGCAGCCAGGGCGUGGAGGCUGGGUGCGGCCGCCGUGGCGCUGCAGGCCCCGGCCGGGGCGCUGGGCUCGAGCGCCUGGCUGGAGGGCACGUGGACGACCGGCUACUGGGACUGCUGCAAGCCGAGCUGCUCGUGGCCAGACAAGGGCAGCGUGAGCCGGCCAGUGCAGGCCUGCAGCGCAUCCACCGGCGCCGUGCUGUCGGACACCAACGUGGCCUCGGUCUGCCACGGGGGCGACGCGGCGACCUGCGCCAGCAACGGGCCGUUCCAGGUCAGCGCGGACCUGAGCAUGGGCUUCGCGGCGGCAGCGGUCGGCGGAGUCUCUGGGCUCGACGGCGACGCGAACUGCGGCCAAUGCUUCGAGCUGGUCUUCACCAGCCAACGCCACGUGGAUGGCAGUGGGUACCCCUGGGGUGGGGCGCAUGCGGGCCUGGUCAACAAGAGGCAUGUCGUGCAGGUCACGAACAUCGGUUACGACGUCUCUGGCGUUCACAGCUUCGACCUCUUAAUCCCAGGUGCCGGCCAGGGCCUGUUCACCAGCGGGUGCAGCAGGCAGUUCUCCGGCCUCAGCCCGGGCGACUUCGACUGCGACAACAACUACGGCGGCUGCUCCGCGCGCAGCGGGUGCGACCGGCUCCCGUCAGAGCUGCAGGCCGGCUGCCACUGGCGUCACGACUGGUACAGGUGGCUCGAGUCGAGCGGCCAGACGAACAACCCAUGGGUCAGCUUCCGGCGCGUGCGGUGCCCAAAGCAGCUCACCGCCAUCAGCGGCUCGGUCCCGCUGGACGACGGCUCGUGGCCAGAACACACCGGAGCCACUGCGUAG